AUGCUCCUGCUGGUGGCACUUUACGUCUUGGCUGUAGCCACGGCGCAGAGCCAAGAUGAUGACAACAAGAUCAUCGGAGGCUACACGUGCAUCCAGAACUCCCAACCGUGGCAGGUGGCGCUGCUGGCGGGCCCCGGGCGCAGCUUCCUCUGUGGGGGCGCCUUGCUGUCAGCCCGGUGGGUCAUCACAGCUGCCCACUGUGCCCGCCCGAUCCUCCGGGUGGCCCUGGGAAAGCACAACCUGAAGAGGUGGGAGGCGACCCAGCAGGUGCUGCGCGUGGUCCAGCAGGUGCCACACCCAAGCUACAGCUCCAGCACCCACCAGCACGACGUGAUGCUGCUGCGACUGGAGCAGCCGGCCCGGCUUGGGAGGGCCGUGAGGGCCAUCGCCCUGGCCCAGGCCUGUGCCAGCCCCGGGACCUCCUGCCGAGUAUCAGGCUGGGGGACGACGUCCAGCCCGAUCACCAGGUACCCCAACGCUCUGCAGUGUGUGAACGUGAACAUCUCCGGGGAGCAGGAGUGUCAGCGAGCCUAUUCAGGAGCCAUCAGGGAGGGCAUGGUGUGCGCAGGCGUCCCGCAGGGAGGAAAGGACUCCUGUCAGGGUGACUCCGGGGGACCGCUGGUAUGUGGGGGACGGCUCCAAGGCGUGGUGUCAUGGGGCAUGGAGCGCUGCGCCCUGCCUGGCUACCCCGGAGUCUACACCAACCUGUGCAAAUAUGGAAAGUGGGUGCAGGAGACCAUGCGGGGCAAAUGA